AUGACAUGUUAUCUUCUCCGGGAGGGUGUUAUUGAUGAUAUUAAGUCUCAAGCUAGAUCUUAUUGGUGGUCUGGAAAACAGAAUACCAGAGGUUGGGCGAUGGUUGCAUGGGAUAAGAUUUGUCGUUCCAAAAAAUUUGGAGGGAUGGGCUUCAGGGACCUUAGUCUGUUUAAUGUUGCGCUUCUUGGGAAUCAGAUUUGGAGACUUAUUCAGGAUGAACAUUCUUUGGUUUUCAAGGUCCUUAAAGCUAAAUACUUCUUGCGCUCUUCAUUUUUUGAGGCAAAACUUGGGGCUAGAUAUUCUUAUGCUUGGGCGAGUCUCAUGAAGGCCAAAGAAGUGCUCAAUGAUGGUUUUUUCUGA